AUGGUCGUCCUGGCAGCCAAGGCAGUGGAGUGGAGUGAAGAUGGUCUUUACUCCACUUUCUUGCACGUGUGUCCCUCUUCAGGCAAAUUUACCCUUAUCACCGGCAUCGCAUCGUGUCUGGACGUGUACCAAGUCAGCAUCAUGGUUACUACGAUAGAGGGCACGAAGACUACCUCUAAGCUGGGUUGUAGCUGCGUGAAUGUAGUCAUUGUUGACGCAUGCAUUGUCUGUAAAGAUGUCUUAAUGCUGGCUUGCAGUUGUCGCGACGACGGGCAACUUUGGCGAGUUGGACCAAGUGGCAUAGUCUCAUCAGAUCCGAGAGAAGCUGUCUCGAAGACUGCGUCUCGGCCGACAGUGGAUGAGGCUAAAGCUGAUCCUCGUUUUGUUCGGAGAUGGUCCUGCACAGGUCGCUUCAUCACGCAUCUUCAUACGAAUAAACUGGCCAGCAUGUGCGAAUUAAGAAUUACAAAUUGA